AUGCUUUAUAUUUACUUUGCAAUAGCAGUAUUCAGUCCACUGAGAGAGGUACAGGACAUUACAAUAGCCCAAAACAAAACUAACAAGAUUGACAGGGGUGUGUUUUUUGGGCCUGAAAAUCUACAACGGCUGAACCUGUCACACAAUCUUAUAGGGGAAAUCUAUUCUUACACAUUUGAAAAUCUACCCAAUAUUUUAGAACUAGAUUCAUCUUACAAUCAUAUUGGUGCAUUGGGAUAUCAGGCAUUUACAGGACUUCCACACCUACAAGUCCUUGAUCUUACAGAAAACUCUAGGUACAGAUGGUUACCUUGCACCACUCCCAAACAUCCAACUUCUUCGUUUGGCUGAUAAUAAGAUCACAUCCUUAGAGGGCCUCGCAGGUAAACUAAUUUAGAGGAUGUAUACAUUGUUUUAGUUAAAUUAAUGCACAUUAAGCUUCUCUGGUAUGGUAACAACUUCAUAAAGUGGUGCACCCUUAACAAUAAUAUUUCAGUGCCAGCUGUGAACUCUCUAAACUCUCUAACUCUGCUUGAGUUAAGGAACAUCGCCUUGCAGGUAAUAUGGGCACGGGGAGAGUGUUUGCAUGUUUUUGAAAAUCUUGGCAACCUUUUUAGUCGGGAUCUAAGCUUGAACCCACUGCAGGCUCUCUCAGAUGGAUCUCCACUUCAACUCUCUCACAUACAUUACAUUUUAGUAAUUUAGCAGACGCUCUUAUCCAGAGCGACUUACAGGAGCAAUUAGGGUUAAGUGCCUUGCUCAAGGGCACAUCGACAGAUUUUUCACUUAGUCGGCUCAGGAAUUAGAACCAGCGACCUUUCGGUUACUGUCACAACGCUCUUAACCACUAAGCUACCUGCCGCCCCAACAUAUCUCCAACCAGACAUUUUCCCAGGGAGUCUCAAAACAUUUGACCUCUCUUACAAUUUCCUGGCCUCUCCUGACCCAGCGGCAUUCCAUUCUCUCAGCUGGAUCAUCCUGUAUAGGAAACGAUUCCACUGUGACUGCGGCCUAGAGGACUUUCUGACAUGGCUGAACGGGACUAAAGUGACUUUUCCAGACCCUGGCGUGGAUGAAUUCAGCUGUGAUUUUCCCUCAAAUCUCCAUGGCGUCAGCCUAUUGAAUUACAGCACAGUCAUAUCGUGUGAGGAGGAUGACGAGGGGCUGGUUCAGGAGCUGAGGCUCUCGCUCUUCGUCGUCUGCUCAGCCCUCAUCGUCCUGAUCAUCGUCGGAAUGAUUGUUUUAGACUCCGUGGAUCCUUCUUCAAAGUUUACAAAAAGGUGAUCGCCAGGAUCCUGGAGGGCCCUAGGAAGAAUCCUCCUGCUGAUGGGCCCCGGUACAAUGCUUACUUAUGCUUCAGCAACAACGACUACAAGUGGGUAGAAACUGCCCUGUUGAAGAGGCUGGACUCUCAGUUGGCGGAGCGGAACAUCCUCCGGUGCUGCUUUGAGGCCAGAGACUUCAUCCCAGGUGAAGAUCACCUGUCCAACAUCAGGGAUGCCACAUUUGGGAGCAGGCAGACAGUGUGUAUUGUGUCUAAAGAGUUCCUUAAGGACGGCUGGUGCCUGGAGGCCUUUACCCUGGCUCAGAGCAGGAUGCUGGAGGAGCACAGAGAUUUUCUCAUCAUGGUGAUCGUGGGGAAAGUCCCCCAUUACAGACUGAUGAAAUGCGAAGCCAUUAGGACCUUUGUCCAGAAGAGGGAGUACCUACAGUGGCCGGAAGACACACAGGACAUAGAAUGGUUCUAUGAGAAGCUCAUGUCCAAGAUUCUUAAGCACAGGAAGAUCAAAAAGAACAUAGCCAAAGAUAACAAAGGUGAUAUCACACUU